GCCCCGGAGCAGUCGUCGCCCGUCAGGCCGCGGUGCGUGGUCGUCUUACGGCGGCGGCGCGGUACCGCGCAGCGCUUCUCCCGGUGGCGCGGCGGCUUCGGAGGCUCGGCCGCCUGGCAAAGACUUCCUAAAGACAGAACAAUGGAGGAAUCUGUAAGCCGGAUGCAGCCACUGAAUGAGAAGCAGAUAGCUAAUUCCGAAGACGGAUAUGUGCGGCAAGUCACUGAUAUGAAUCGGCUACACCGGUUCUUAUGUUUUGGUUCUGAAGGUGGGACGUACUAUAUCAAAGAACAGAAGCUGGGCCUUGAGGAUGCUGAAGCUUUAAUCAGACUGAUUGAAGAUGGCAGAGGAUGUGAAGUGAUACAGGAAAUAAAGUCCUUUAGUCAAGAAGGCAGAACAAAGCAGGAAGCCACGCUCUCUGCCCUCGCCAUUUGCUCCCAGUGUUCUGACAUAAGCACCAAACAAGCCGCCUUCAAAGCUGUUCCUGAAGUUUGUCGCAUCCCUACACACCUCUUUACUUUUAUCCAGUUUAAGAAAGAUCUAAAGGAAAGCAUGAAGUGUGGCAUGUGGGGUCGUGCCCUCCGGAAGGCUGUAGCAGACUGGUACAAUGAAAAGGGUGGCAUGGCCCUCGCCCUGGCAGUUACGAAAUACACACAGAGAAAUGGCUGGUCUCACAAAGAUCUGUUAAGACUGUCUCAUCUUAAACCUUCCAGUGAAGGACUUGCUAUUGUCACCAAAUAUAUUACAAAGGGCUGGAAAGAGGUCCAUGAACUGUAUAAAGAAAAAGCGCUUUCUGUGGAGGCUGAAAAAUUAUUAAAGUAUCUCGAGGCUGUAGAGAAAGUGAAGCACACAAAAGAUGAACUGGAAGUCAUUCAUCUGAUAGAAGAGCACAGACUGGUUAGGGAACAUCUCCUAACAAAUCACUUAAAGUCUAAAGAGGUAUGGAAGGCUUUGUUACAAGAAAUGCCUCUCACAGCAUUAUUAAGGAAUCUGGGAAAGAUGACAGCUAACUCAGUGCUUGAACCAGGAAACUCAGAAGUGUCUUUAGUAUGUGAAAAGCUGUGUAAUGAAAAACUGUUGAAAAAGGCUCGUAUACAUCCAUUUCAUGUUUUAAUUGCGUUAGAAACUUAUAAGACAGGUCAUGGGCUCAGAGGAAAACUGAAGUGGCGCCCCGAUGAAGAAAUUCUGCAAGCUUUGGAUGCCGCUUUUUAUAAAACAUUUAAGACAGUCAAGCCAACUGGAAAGCGUUUCUUACUGGCAAUCGAUGUCAGUGCUUCUAUGGACCAAAGAGCUUUGGGUAGUGUACUCAAUGCAAGCACAGUAGCUGCAGCAAUGUGCAUGGUUGUCACACGAACAGAGAAAGAUUCUUCUAGAGUUGCUUUUUCAGAUGAAAUGGUACCAUGUCCAGUGACUACAGAUAUGACCUUACAACAAGUUUUACUAACUAUGAGUCAGAUCCCAGCAGGUGAAACUGAUUGCUCUCUUCCGAUGAUCUGGGCUCAAAAGACAAAUACAGCUGCCGAUGUCUUCAUCGUAUUCACUGAUAACGAGACCUUUGCUGGAAGUGUCCAUCCUGCUACCGCUCUGAGGGAAUAUCGAAAGAAUAUGGAUAUUCCAGCUAAAUUGAUUGUUUGUGGAAUGACAUCAAGUGGCUUUACCAUUGCAGACCCAGAUGACAGAGGCAUGCUGGACAUGUGUGGCUUUGAUACUGGAGCUCUGGAUGUGAUUCGAAGUUUCACAUUAGAUAUGAUUUAACCAUAAGCACCAGCGCAA